AUGAUCUCAUCAAUCGAACUUCUCGUCGUUGCGGUAAUUAUCCUUAUUAGCGUCAUUCUCUACUAUUUUCAGAAAUUGUACGGUUCAACUUCGACUGAUGUUCAUAUAGUUGUAGACAAUUCGAACAUUUUUAUCGUUUGUUCAGCAUAUUCUCAACGAAAAGACCGAUAUUUGAUUGAGAACAAGAAGAGAUCACGAAAUAUUCAAACACGUAUUGUUGGUGGUAGUGAACCACCGAAAAAUGCACGUGUGUGGAAAGAAUGGGAAAAUCGUGGAUAUACAGUUUUAUUAGGUGAACGAACGUCUUCCAAUAAGGAAGAGUUUCUCGAUGAUGUGUUACAUAGUCAAAUGUUCAAACUUAUUCUUAGUCAUCCGAGUAAAAGAACCCGACGACAAGUUCUCGUUUUGUUGAGCGGAGAUGGCAAUUCGAAUUAUGGGCGAACGAGUUUCCCGGAAGCAGUUCGCACUGCAUUACAGCAUAAUUGGAAUGUCGAACUUUGGUCAUGGAAAAAUUCUUUCAGUAAAAAGUUUUCACAAAUCCAAAACGAUUAUCCAUCACAAAUGACGAUUAAUUAUUUCGAUUCAAACAGAAACAAAUUCACUUUUACAGAAUCAGCAAAGAAGAAAGCAACAUAG